AUGGAGAAGAGGUGCCCAGUCUGUCAGGCCAAAGAGGGCCCCUCUGGCUGGAACAUGGCCCGGCUGAAAUCCAGCGGGCUGUUAGCCGCCCAGUGCCGGGUCCCUGACUGCCUCCUGAGAGGGCAGGCGGGCCCUCCGGGCUCUCCCAACCAGAAGGCCCUGGUGACAGGAGGUGGGGGCUACUUUGGCUUCAGCCUGGGCUCCGGCCUGGUCAGGCUGGGCCUCUCUGUGGUCCUGCUCGACCUCCAUCAGCCCAAGUGGGAGCUGCCCAACGGGGCAGUGUUUAUCCAGGGUGACAUCAGGGACGGUGCGGCUCUUUACCGAGCCUGUGAAGGAGUCGACUGCGUGUUCCACGUGGCUUCCUAUGGGAUGUCGGGCGCUGAAAAGCUGCAAAAAGAACAGAUUGAAUCUAUAAACAUUGGAGGAACAAAGCAAGUCAUUGAGGUCUGCAUCCGUCGGCGCAUCCCGAGGCUCGUGUACACCAGCACCGUCAACGUGGCGUUUGGUGGGGAACCCAUCGAGCAGGGCGAUGAGGACACCGUGCCAUACUUCCCACUGGAAAAGCACAUCGACCACUACUCCAGAACCAAAGCCAUUGCGGACCGCCUGACACUAGCCGCAAAUGGGACUCCACUCUCCGGAGGAGGCAUCCUGCGCACUUGUGUGCUGCGCCCCCCAGGCAUCUAUGGACCAGAGGAGCAGAGGCAUCUUCCUCGAGUGGCGGGCAACAUCAGGAAGAGGCUGUUCACCUUCAGGUUUGGCGAUCCCACUGCCCAGAUGAAUUGGGUCCACGUGCACAACCUGGUCCAAGCCCAUCUCCUGGCUGCAGAGGCCCUCACUGCAAGCAGAGACUACAUAGCGAGUGGUCAGGCCUACUAUAUCAACGACGGAGAGAGCGUCAACAUCUUCGAGUGGAUGUCCCCAUUAUUUGAAAAAUUAGGAUACAGCCAGCCCUGGAUCCGGGUUCCGACAUCUCUGGUUUACUUGGCAGCCACCAUGAUGGAAUAUCUCCACCUGGCCCUGAGACCAGUCUGCAGCUUCCCUCCUUUGCUGACCCGGAGUGAGGUCUGGAGCAUCGCGGUGACUCACACCUUUCGGAUCCACAAGGCCCGUGAGCAACUAGGUUACGUCCCUGGCAAGUUCACGUUUGUUGAAUCAGUGGAUCGCUAUGUUCAAACCUGGCCCAGGCAGCAAGGCAGCCCCAGGCUCCUCAAACUCCUACUCGUUCUUGGCAUUUUCUUCAGCCUCAUCUUAUUGUCUUAUUUCCCAGACCCCUGCCUCCAAUGGCUGUCCAAGGGUAGACAUCAUUAACUCUCUUGGCUACACACAC